GCCCGGCCACUGUGCUGUCCGGGGCCUUGAAGGUUAAGUGAUCCGGGGAUAUUUUUAAACAGCUGGGGCCGGUUAAUCUGAAAGUGACAUUUAAACUCACAACAGCCAGCCACAGCGGGCAGGGGUGGAUUCCGGGGCUCGGCAAACACGGAACUUAGAAAAUGUAACCCUGAACACACAGUGGAGAGGACAUGGGGAAGGAGGACCGAGGCGCCCAGGGAUCUGAAUGGUCUUGCUUGUUCUUCUGUCUUGUCUGAUUUUCUCCUGCCUGACCGCUUCCUGGUUAAAAAUCUGGAGGAAAAUGACGGACUCCAAGCCAGUUGCCAGCGGCCACUCGGACGUGACCUUCAUCCUGAACCAGGAGCCCCUUCCAGCCACAGACGGCUCAGGGGAGCCCCCGAAGGCAAAUGGCAACCACAGCUGUGUGCCCGAGGCCGCCAGCCAGGCCAAGCCGGCCUCCCACCGUCGGCAGAGAAACUCCCUCCCAGCCUCGCGGCACAAGUCCCCCAAGACCCCUCCUUCUCCCAACAACUCAUCACCCUCCCCAGAACUGCAGGAAGACAAGAUGGGGACCCAAGACGCGGGGGCCCCUGAUGCCAAUGGCCUGCCCGGCCCAGCCCGGCUCCAGGACCUGCCAGCCAGCACCCCCUCCCGGGAGGAGGAGAAGCAGGAACACAUCAGGAGGCAGCUGAUGACCAACUUCAUCCUGGGCUCCUUUGACGACAAUUCCUCCGACGAGGACCCGGGCACUGCUGCGUUCCGGGAGUCCUCACGGAAGGGCAGCCGGGCCAGCCUGGGCACCCUGGCCCCAGAGGCUGAGACCCACGUCCCCACGAUGAGACCCAGCAUGUCGGGGCUCCACCUGGUGAAGAGGGGCCGGGAACACAAGAAGCUGGACCUGCACAGGGACUUCACCGUGGCUUCCCCCGCGGAGUUUGUCACACGCUUUGGGGGCGAUCGGGUCAUCGAGAAGGUGCUCAUCGCCAACAAUGGCAUCGCCGCCGUGAAGUGCAUGCGCUCCAUCCGCAGGUGGGCCUACGAAAUGUUCCGCAACGAGAGGGCCAUCCGGUUUGUAGUCAUGGUGACCCCGGAGGACCUCAAGGCCAACGCAGAGUACAUCAAGAUGGCAGAUCAGUACGUGCCCGUCCCUGGGGGGCCCAAUAACAACAACUAUGCCAAUGUGGAGCUCAUCGUGGACAUUGCCAAGAGGAUACCUGUGCAGGCCGUGUGGGCUGGCUGGGGCCACGCUUCCGAAAACCCAAAGCUGCCGGAGUUGCUGUGCAAGCACGGGAUUGCUUUCCUAGGUCCUCCCAGUGAGGCCAUGUGGGCCUUGGGAGACAAGAUCGCCUCCACCAUCGUGGCCCAGACGCUGCAGAUUCCAACGCUGCCCUGGAGCGGAAGCGGUCUGACCGUGGCGUGGGCACAGGACGAUCUGCAGCAGGGCAAGAUCAUCCACGUCCCCGAGGACAUCUACAACCAGGGCUGCGUGAGAGACGUGGAUGAGGGCCUGGAGGCGGCAGAGAAGAUCGGUUUCCCGUUGAUGAUCAAAGCUUCCGAGGGCGGCGGCGGGAAGGGCAUCCGGCGGGCCGAGAGCGCGGAGGACUUCCCCAUCCUCUUCAGACAGGUGCAGAGCGAGAUCCCCGGCUCACCCGUGUUCCUCAUGAAGCUGGCCCAGCACGCCCGGCACCUGGAGGUCCAGAUCCUCGCCGACCAGUACGGGAACGCCGUGUCCCUGUUCGGGCGGGACUGCUCCAUCCAGCGGCGGCACCAGAAGAUCAUCGAGGAGGCUCCGGCCACCAUCGCCACACCGGCCGUGUUCGAGUUCAUGGAGCAGUGUGCCGUCCGCCUGGCCAAGACCGUGGGCUACGUGAGCGCCGGCACGGUCGAGUACCUGUACAGCCAGGACGGCAGCUUCCACUUCUUGGAGCUGAAUCCUCGCUUGCAGGUGGAGCAUCCCUGUACGGAAAUGAUCGCCGACGUCAACCUGCCGGCUGCCCAGCUGCAGAUAGCCAUGGGUGUGCCGCUGCACCGGCUCAAGGACAUCCGGCUCCUGUAUGGAGAGUCGCCGUGGGGGGUGACGCCCAUUUCUUUCGACACCCCGGCCAACCCUCCACUCGCCCGGGGCCACGUCAUUGCAGCCAGGAUCACCAGCGAGAAUCCAGACGAGGGGUUUAAGCCGAGCUCCGGGACGGUGCAGGAACUCAACUUCCGCAGCAACAAGAACGUGUGGGGCUACUUCAGCGUGGCGGCCACCGGAGGCCUGCACGAGUUCGCCGACUCCCAGUUUGGCCACUGCUUCUCCUGGGGAGAGAACCGGGAGGAGGCCAUCUCGAACAUGGUGGUGGCUCUGAAGGAGCUGUCCAUCCGCGGCGACUUCAGGACCACGGUGGAGUAUCUCAUCAACCUCCUGGAGACCGAGAGUUUCCAGAGCAACGACAUCGACACCGGCUGGCUGGACCACCUCAUCGCUGAGAAAGUGCAGGCCGAGAAGCCGGACAUCAUGCUCGGGGUGGUGUGCGGGGCCUUGAACGUGGCGGAUGCGCUGUUCAGAACCUGCAUGACGGACUUCUUGCACUCCCUGGAGAGGGGCCAGGUCCUCCCAGCCGCUUCUCUGCUGAACAUCGUAGAUGUGGAGUUAAUCUACGGAGGCACCAAGUACAUCCUCAAGGUGGCCCGGCAGUCCCUGACCAUGUUCGUGCUCAUCAUGAACGGCUGCUACGUGGAGAUCGACGCCCACCGGCUCAACGACGGGGGGCUGCUGCUCUCUUACAAUGGCAGCAGCUACACCACCUACAUGAAGGAAGAGGUGGACAGUUACCGGAUCACCAUCGGCAACAAGACGUGUGUCUUCGAGAAGGAGAACGACCCCACGGUGCUGAGGUCGCCGUCGGCGGGGAAGCUCAUGCAGUACACGGUGGAGGACGGCGGCCACGUGGAGGCCGGGAGCAGCUACGCCGAAAUGGAGGUGAUGAAAAUGAUCAUGACCCUGAGCGUGCAGGAAAGCGGCCGGGUGAGAUACAUCAAGCGGCCCGGCGCUGUGCUGGAGGCUGGCUGUGUGGUGGCCCGGCUGGAGCUCGAUGACCCUUCGAAAGUGCGCCCGGCUGAGCCCUUCACGGGCGAGCUGCCCGCCCAGCAAACCCUGCCUAUCCUUGGGGAGAAGCUGCACCAGGUUUUCCACAACGUCCUAGAAAACCUAACUAACGUCAUGAGUGGCUACUGUCUGCCGGAGCCUAUUUUUAGCAAAAAGCUGAAGGAGUGGGUGCAGAAGCUCAUGAUGACCCUCCGGCACCCGUCGCUGCCACUGCUCGAGCUGCAGGAGAUCAUGACGAGCGUGGCGGGCCGCAUCCCGGCCCCCGUGGAGAAGGCGGUCCGCAGGGUGAUGGCCCAGUACGCCAGCAACAUCACCUCCGUGCUGUGCCAGUUCCCCAGCCAGCAGAUAGCCACCAUCCUGGACUGCCACGCGGCCACGCUGCAGCGCAAGGCCGACCGCGAGGUCUUCUUCAUGAACACACAGAGCAUCGUGCAGCUGGUGCAGCGGUACCGCAGCGGCACCCGCGGCUACAUGAAGACGGUGGUGUUGGAUCUCCUGCGGCGGUACCUGCAGGUGGAGCACCAUUUCCAACAAGCCCACUAUGAUAAGUGCGUGAUCAACCUCAGGGAGCAGUUCAAGCCGGACAUGUCCCAGGUGCUGGACUGCAUCUUCUCCCAUGCGCACGUGGCUCAGAAGAACCAGCUGGUGACCACGCUGAUCGACGAGCUGUGUGGCCCAGACCCCUCCCUGUCGGACGAGCUGACCUCCAUCCUCCACGAGCUCACACAGCUGAGCAAGAGCGAGCACUGCAAAGUGGCUCUCCGAGCCAGGCAGGUCCUGAUUGCCUCUCACCUCCCCUCCUACGAACUGAGACACAACCAGGUGGAGUCCAUUUUCCUGUCCGCCAUCGACAUGUACGGCCACCAGUUCUGCCCGGAAAACCUCAAGAAGUUGAUCCUUUCGGAGACGACGAUCUUUGAUGUGCUGCCUACGUUCUUCUACCACGCCAACAAGGUCGUGUGCAUGGCCUCCCUGGAGGUGUACGUGCGGAGGGCCUACAUCGCCUACGAGCUGAACAGCCUGCAGCACCGGCAGCUCCCGGACGGCACCUGCGUGGUGGAAUUCCAGUUCAUGCUGCCCUCUUCCCACCCAAACCGGAUGGCCGUGCCCAUCAGCAUCACCAACCCUGACCUGCUGAGGCACAGCACGGAGCUCUUCAUGGACAGCGGCUUCUCCCCACUGUGCCAGCGGAUGGGGGCCAUGGUCGCCUUCAGGAGAUUCGAGGAUUUCACCAGGAACUUCGAUGACGUCAUCUCCUGCUUUGCCAACGUGCCCAAGGACACGCCCCUCUUCAGCAAGGCGGGCAACUCCCUGUACCCCGAGGAUGACUCCAAGAGCCUGCGGGAAGAGCCCAUCCACAUACUGAACGUGGCCAUCCAGUGCGCAGACCACCUGGGCGACGAGGCGCUGGUGCCAACUUUCCGGACGUUCGUGCAGUCCAAGAAAAAUAUCCUUGUGGAUUACGGGCUGCGAAGAAUCACAUUCCUGGUCGCCCAGCAGAAAGAAUUUCCCAAGUUCUUCACUUUCAGAGCAAGAGACGAGUUCGCGGAGGACCGCAUUUACCGCCACCUGGAGCCGGCCCUGGCCUUCCAGCUAGAGCUCAGCCGCAUGCGCAACUUCGACCUGACCGCCGUGCCCUGCGCCAACCACAAGAUGCAUCUGUACCUGGGCGCCGCCAAGGUCAAGGAGGGGGCGGAGGUGACAGACCACAGGUUCUUCAUCCGCGCCAUCAUCAGGCACUCGGACCUGAUCACCAAGGAGGCGUCCUUCGAGUACCUGCAGAACGAGGGCGAGAGGCUGCUGCUGGAGGCCAUGGACGAGCUGGAGGUGGCCUUCAACAACACCAGCGUGCGCACCGACUGCAACCACAUCUUCCUCAACUUCGUGCCCACCGUCAUCAUGGACCCCCUCAAGAUCGAGGAGUCGGUGCGCUCCAUGGUGAUGCGCUACGGCAGCCGCCUGUGGAAGCUGCGUGUGCUCCAAGCCGAGGUCAAGAUCAACAUCCGGCAGAGCACCAGCGGCAGCGCCCUGCCCGUCCGCCUCUUCAUCACCAACGAGUCCGGCUACUACCUGGACAUCAGCCUCUACAAGGAAGUGACCGAGCCCAGAACUGGCAACAUCAUGUUUCACUCCUUCGGCCACAAGCAGGGGCCUCAGCACGGGAUGCUGAUCAACACCCCCUACGUCACCAAAGACCUGCUGCAGGCCAAGCGGUUCCAGGCCCAGUCGCUGGGCACCACCUACGUGUACGACUUCCCAGAAAUGUUCAGGCAGGCCCUCUUUAAGCUGUGGGGCUCCCCGGACAAGUACCCCAAGGACAUCCUGACCUACACGGAGUUAGUGCUGGACCCUCAGGGCCAGCUGGUGGAGAUGAACCGGCUUCCUGGCGGCAACGAGGUGGGCAUGGUGGCUUUCAAGAUGCGGUUCAAGACCCGAGAGUACCCAGAAGGGCGGGACGUGAUCGUCAUCGGCAACGACAUCACCUUCCGCAUCGGCUCCUUCGGCCAGGGGGAGGACCUGCUGUACAUGCGGGCGUCCGAGCUGGCCCGGGCCGAGGGCAUCCCCAAAGUCUACCUGGCGGCCAACAGCGGGGCCCGCAUCGGCCUGGCCGAGGAGAUCAAGCACAUGUUCCAGGUGGCCUGGGUGGACCCCGAGGACCCCCACAAGGGGUUCAAAUACCUGUACCUGACCCCGCAAGACUACACGAAGAUCAGCUCCCUGAACUCCGUGCACUGCAGGCACAUCGAGGAAGGAGGGGAAUCCAGAUACGUCAUCACGGACAUCGUGGGCAAGGAGGACGGCCUGGGCGUGGAGAACCUGCGGGGCUCGGGCAUGAUUGCCGGGGAGUCCUCCCUGGCGUACGACGAGAUCGUCACCAUCAGCAUGGUGACCUGCCGGGCCCUGGGCAUCGGGGCGUACCUGGUGAGGCUGGGCCAGCGCGUGAUCCAGGUGGAAAAUUCCCACAUCAUCCUCACAGGAGCCAGCGCUCUCAACAAGGUGCUGGGGAGAGAGGUCUACACGUCCAACAACCAGCUGGGCGGGGUGCAGAUCAUGCACUACAACGGCGUCUCGCACAUCACCGUGCCGGACGACUUCGAGGGGGUGUACACCAUCCUGGAGUGGCUGUCCUACGUGCCGAAGGAUAAUCGCAGCCCAGUCCCCAUCAUCACACCCAGCGACCCCAUUGACAGAGAGAUUGAGUUCCUCCCAUCCAGAGCGCCCUACGACCCCCGGUGGAUGCUCGCGGGGAGGCCUCACCCGACUCUCAAGGGGGCCUGGCAGAGCGGCUUCUUCGACCAGGGCAGUUUCAAGGAAAUCAUGGCACCCUGGGCCCAGACCGUGGUGACGGGACGAGCCAGGCUGGGGGGCAUCCCCGUGGGCGUGAUCGCCGUGGAGACGCGGACUGUGGAGGUGGCCAUCCCCGCGGACCCCGCCAACCUGGAUUCCGAGGCCAAGGUGGUCCAGCAGGCGGGCCAGGUGUGGUUCCCCGACUCCGCCUACAAGACGGCCCAGGCCAUCAAGGACUUCAACCGGGAGAGGCUGCCGCUGAUGCUCUUUGCCAACUGGAGGGGCUUCUCGGGGGGCAUGAAAGACAUGUACGACCAGGUGCUGAAGUUCGGGGCCUACAUCGUGGACGGCCUCCGGCAGUACAAGCAGCCCGUCCUCAUCUACAUCCCGCCCUACGCUGAGCUCCGCGGCGGCUCCUGGGUGGUCGUGGACUCCACCAUCAACCCCCUGUGCAUAGAAAUGUACGCGGACAAGGAGAGCAGGGGUGGGGUGCUGGAGCCCGAAGGCACGGUGGAGAUCAAGUUCCGGAAGAAAGAUCUGACAAAGGCGAUGAGGAGGAUGGACCCGGUUUACAGGAAGCUGGUGGAGCAGCUGGGGUCGACGCCUCUCUCGGAGAAGGAGCGCCAGGACCUGGAGGGCCGGCUGCGGGCUCGCGAGGAGCUGCUGCUGCCCAUCUACCACCAGGUGGCGGUGCAGUUCGCCGACCUGCACGACACGCCCGGCCGGAUGCUGGAGAAGGGCGUGGUGUCGGACGUCCUGGAGUGGAAGACGGCGCGCGCCUUCCUGUACUGGCGUCUACGCCGCCUGCUGCUGGAGGACCAGGUCAGGCAGGAGAUCGUGCGCGCCAGCGGGGAGCUCAGCCACGUGCACAUCCAGUCCAUGCUGCGCCGCUGGUUCGUGGAGACCGAGGGCGCGGUCAAGGCCUACCUGUGGGACAACAACCAGGCGGUGGUCCAGUGGUUAGAGCAGCACUGGCAGGUGGAGGACGGCACGCGCUCCACCAUCCGCGAGAACAUCAAGUACCUGAAGCGAGACUCGGUGCUCAAGACCAUCCGAGGCCUGGUUCAGGAGAACCCCGAGGUGGCCAUGGACUGCAUCGUGUACCUGAGUCAGCACAUCAGCCCGGCCGAGCGCACCCAGGUGGCCCAGCUGCUGUCGACCUUGGAGAGCCCGGCGUCCACCUGAGCUGCCCGCCCAGCCAUUCCCAGGACCACAGGCAGGAGGAUCGCGCCGGCCACAGGCCCUCACCGGGACCUCGGGGCUCGCAACCAGAUCAACCAACUGACCGGCCCCCCCGGGCGCCGCUGGCCCCCAGCCUACACCCCGCUCAGCAGGGGACCCGGAAGACCCCCUUCCUUCCGAGCAGGGGUCGACAUCCCCUCGGUGGAGGGCACGUGGGCUGCUUCUGUCUCCAGCUGACUCCUCUCACUUUCCAGCGUCUGGCGUGUGGGAUCCAGCAGCUCGUCUUCUAUCAGGUCCGUGGGCUCUCUCACUUCUGUACUCCCAAGACCGGUUCCCGACGUGAGCACCUUGACUAUCUCAGCAGGAACUGCGCAGAGAGACAGGGCUGGAGAGGAGCGCUCCGGGCAGGGUGCUCUGUGGAUGCCGCCUCCGCCCCUGGAAACGGAGUGCCCGACCGUCUGUCUGUUAAGGCAACACGCGUGGGGUGGGGGUUGUCCCCAGGAGCCGCCGGCCCCACCCGCAGGGUCCAGGCUGUGUCGAAGAUUCCAGGGUCCCUGCACCUCGGGGUGUGCAUCCUCCUGCCAGAGCUGGGGUGCAGGGGCGGGGCCCUCACCAGGCUCAGCGCCCGGCUUGCUCAGGAACGACCCCCACCCCCCCGUGGUGGCCCGAGAGCCAGCUGCUGCCUCCCCUGUGGCCUUGAUGUCCACACUGGGCUCCAAUCCCGAAGGGCCGUGCCGCGGGGGACCAAGGACUGGGCUGGGAGCCCCUGCCCGUGUGCUCAGGGAGGACUUUGCGAUGCCCCCAGCAGCCCCACAGCGCGGGGACCUGUGACCCUGUGGUCCCUCGGCCUCCCUGCUGGAGACGGGGCGGGCGUGGGUGGGCGGCGUGAGCUCUGAGCACACCGGACCAGGGAUGCCCGAGCGGGGAUCUGGCCGUCAGCCAGCGGCGGGCCUGGGGGGCAGGAGGAGGAGGAGGAGUUGCCCCUCGUCCGACCCGUGGCCUCACGGCUGGGGCAGGAAUGACUCCUCGGGAACAGAAGGUAAAAUGCCUUUGGGUCCGGGCCCUCUCCGUGUUCAGUAGCUGCUGCCCCGGGCCGGCGGCCGGACGAGCUGUCGGAAAUGUGCAGAAUAAACUAUUUUUUGAAGGAA